UGGGGCCGGGUUCGCGGUGCUCGCCGAGGCGGCGGCGGCGGCUGCUGCUGGAGGCGCGGGCCGGGGCCCGCGGCGGGGCCGUGGCUUGUCCGGGAGGGUGGCGGGGAGGGACGCACGGGGAAGAUGGCGACGGCGGGCGCGAACGGGCCCGGGUCGGCCACGGCCUCAGCUUCCAAUCCGCGCAAGUUUAGCGAGAAGAUCGCGCUGCAGAAGCAGCGUCAGGCCGAAGAGACGGCGGCCUUCGAGGAGGUGAUGAUGGACAUCGGCUCCACCCGGUUACAGGCCCAAAAGUUGCGACUGGCCUACACGAGGAGCUCCCAUUAUGGUGGUUCUCUGCCCAACGUGAACCAGAUUGGCUGUGGCCUGGCUGAGUUCCAGAGCCCCCUCCACUCGCCUCUGGAUUCAUCUCGGGGCACGCGGCACCACGGGCUGGUGGAACGGGUGCAGCGAGACCCCCGAAGGAUGGUGUCCCCACUCCGCCGCUACCCCCGCCACGUCGACAGCUCUCCCUAUAGCCCUGCCUACUUGUCCCCUCCUCCGGAGUCCGGCUGGCGGAGGACGAUGCCCUGGGGCAGUUUCCCUGCAGAGAAGGGACAGUUGUUUCGACUACCGUCUGCACUGAACAGGACAAGUUCUGAUUCUGCCCUUCACACCAGUGUGAUGAACCCCAGCCCUCAGGACACUUACCCAGGCCCUGCCCCUCCCAGCAUCCUGCCCAACCGCCGUGGAGGUUUUCUGGAUGGUGAAGUGGACUCCAAAGUCCCUGCUGUUGAGGAGAACUUGCUAGAUGACAAGCAUUUGCUGAAGCCGUGGGAUGCUAAGAAGCUGUCCUCACCCUCCUCCCGACCUCGGUCCUGUGAAGUCCCUGGAAUUAACAUCUUCCCGUCUCCUGAGCAGCCCGCCAGUGUGCCCGUCCUCCCACCUGCCAUGGGCACAGGCGGCUCCCUGCCCGACCUCACCAGCCUGCACUUGCCCCCGCCACUGCCCACUCCCCUGGACCCUGAGGAGACGGCCUACCCCAGCCUGAGUGGGGGCAGCAGUACCUCCAAUCUGACCCACACCAUGACUCACCUCGGCAUCAGCGGGGGCCUGGGCCUGGGCCCGGGCUCGGGUUAUGAUGCGCCGGGACUUCACUCCCCUCUCAGCCACCCAUCCCUGCAGUCCUCCCUGAGCAACCCCAACCUCCAGGCCUCCCUGAGCAGCCCCCAGCCCCCGCUCCAGGGCUCCCACAGCCACCCCUCCCUGCCCGCAUCCUCCCUGGCCCGCCACGCACUGCCCACCACCUCCCUGGGCCACCCCUCGCUCAGUGCCCCGGCCCUCUCCUCCUCCACCUCUUCCUCCUCCGCUUCAUCUCCCGUGCUGGGCGCCCCCCCUUACCCAGCUUCUACCCCCGGAACCUCCCCCCGCCACCGCCGUGUGCCCCUCAGCCCCUUGAGUUUGCCCGCGGGCCCAGCUGACGCCAGAAGGUCCCAACAGCAGCUGCCCAAACAGUUUUCGCCAACAAUGUCACCCACCUUGUCCUCCAUCACUCAGGGUGUCCCCCUGGAUACCAGCAAACUGUCCAGUGACCAGCGGCUGCCUCCAUACCCGUAUAGCCCCCCAGGUUUGGUUCUGCCCAGCCAGCCACCCACCCCAAAACCUCUACAGCAGCCAGGGCUGUCCUCUCAGGCCUGUUCCGUGCAGCCCUCAGGCGGGCAGCCCCCAGGCCGGCCACCACACUAUGGGGCACUGUACCCACCCAGCUCCGGUGGGCAGGGGCAGCAAUCUCACCACCGGCCCAUGAGUGACUUCGGCCUGGGGAACCGGUCUCCGCGCAGCGUGCUCUCCGGUGCCCGCUGCUCCGACUCGCUCUCUUCCUGGCAUGCGCACGCUCUGUCCCAGCAGCUGGAGCACUUCAGCAUGGAGAACCCAUCAACCAGCCUGGCGCUGGAUCCCCCUGGCUUUUCUGAAGGGCCUGGAUUUUUAGGGGGUGAGGGGCCAGUGAGUAGCCUCCAGGACCCCCAUGCCCUCAACCACCAGAACGUGACGCACUGUUCCCGCCAUGCCGCAGGGCCCAACAUCAUUCUCCCAGGAGAGUCCUCCCCAGGUUUCUCUAAGGAGAUUGCGGCGGCCCUGGCCGGAGUGCCUGGCUUUGAGGUGUCGGCAGCUGGGCUGGGACUGGGGCUCGGGCUGGAGGAGGACCUGCGCAUGGAGCCACUGGGCCUGGAAGGGCUCCACAUGCUGAGCGACCCCUGUGCCCUGCUGCCCGAUCCUGCCGUGGAGGACUCAUUCCGCAGUGACCGGCUGCAGUGAGGGGCCUCAUCGGCACCCCUCUUGGUGGCCCUGCCCAUCACUGUUCCUUUCCUCCCUUCCCCCUGGCCAGUAGAGACUCCACUCUGCCCCCAGAUCCUCUUUCUAACAUGAACGAGGGAUCCCAGGAAUGAGAAAAAGCAAGGGUUUUGUCCAGGUGGCCCCUGAAUUCUGCACAAGGGGUGGGCCUGGGGGAGCUCAAGGGAGGGCCUGAAGCACUUGUAACUUUGAACCGUCUGUCUGGAGGUCAGAGCCUGUUGGAAGGCAGGGGUGGAGGGGAGCCCCGGAGGCAGGGCUUGCCCGGAUGCCUGGGGGUGGGCAGUGCCAACCCCUCCUCACCACUCUUCCCCUUGCAAUGGAGGAGAGAGCCAGAGUGGAUAUUAUUUUUUAUUAAAUAUAUUAUAUGUUAAUAAAAAAAUCGUCUCAAA